AUGGAUGACAGCAUUGACAAAAGCGAUCCCUUUGACGAUGGACCCGCAACCAAGCUUAUUCGACCCACAGCUGAUUCUUCCCACGUCUCAGGUUGGAAUCCAAUUAACAGGAUCUCUAAGAAAUCGACUGAGGAUUGGGCUCAUGGGAAGUCUGAUCCGGAGUACAGUUCUCACAACGCUCUCGAUGAGGAACCCAUCGAUCCAGGCUUUGACGAAAAGUACUUUGAUCAUUACGGCUAUAUAAACUACAUCAACAGCUCACAAAUGAAAAAGUCUACAACUACCACCACCCAUGAACAGCAAAACAUAGCAUCUCCUCAUAGAAUUCUGGACCGCACUCCCAAACGACCCAAAACGUCCUACGCACACCUCAGCCGCGCAACAGACGAACCAACCGACCCUUGGGAGCGCGAUACAGUCUCCACUCGACACUCGACACCCAUCAAAAAGCCCUACACUGCCGAAGAAGAUGCAUGGCUCGACCUGUUCCACGCCAAGAUACGCGGCGCAAUCGAAGCUGGGGCAGUGACAAGGGUCCCAGGACCUCCCCUCGUCCUGCAAGCCUUUAACACAUUUUUCAAAAAUAAGUACUCGGUACAGGAAGAAGAAGAUGGUGGGGCGGCCGCUGGGGAGAGUGAGUGGACCCCGCGGAGUUUUGGUUCAAUGUAUAGGAAGUUGCGGUGUGGAGGAAGCAAAGUAGGCCGGGAAAGGGAGAAGUUGAGCAAACUGGUGGGGCAUAAGAAGCACGGGAGGAUGUAUAUACCGGAGUUGAGUGCGGAGGAGGUGGAGGCGUAUCAGAGGGACAGGACUGUUGUUUUGGAGGAUGUGAUUUUGGAACGGAGGGAAGAAAGUAUGGUGGAUAUACUGCGGGAGUGCAGUGGGAGGGUAAGGAAGAGGAAGUUUGGGGACUGA